AUGCCGAGAGAGACGAGUCCAGGCUUGAAGAUCCUCUGGCUAUGGACCAUUGGCACCGCCGGCAUUUUGGUUACGAGUGUGGUGAGGACCAGGCUAAAAGACAUGGAGCAGAUGAUGAACGCUGACCAACAGCAGGAGCAGCAUCAAGAGCAUCAAAGAAGUGUCAAUGAUCCAGUUUUACUAGAUUCUGACGAGGGAAUCAUUCGAGAAGUGAAAUCAUAG